UCUCUCUGAAACAUGUGGUUAAUUCAAUCCUAAGCUAUUCUUCUUGUUCGCUUAAAAUGAAUUAAAAAUUGUGACAACGUGACAAAAUAUCUGACAUUUUUAUGUUGAAAUUUGACGGACAGCUUAGAAAUUUAGCUGUAAGCUAGUAAGAUGAAGUAGACAGCUUAGCUAUAUAGCUCCGAGAUUACGAGUCUACCCAUUCAAUCAUCACCUAGGAAGUUCAGCGGCAGCCACACAGCUGCAUAUGAGAGAUACUAAAGUCGAUUGCAUAUAGUAUUGUUUGAGUGAACUGGCGAGUGACCUUUAUUGAAAUCAAGAAUGCAGAAUGUUAUUAGAUGCAAAAUAUUCAUAUCUUGGGCAGUCCUAGCGUUUCUUGGAAUAGCGGCGACGCAGAGUUAUGUGGGAGGUAAUGGCGGGUACGCAAACAUAACCUCCGUCGUACCAAAGUUCAAACCUUGGAGGGAAUGGUCUACGUGGUCACAAUGUGAUGUAUCUUGUGGUGGCGUGGGAAUGCAAGAGCGUGUAAGAAAAUGUCGCAACAGACAAGAUAAAAGUUCAAAAUGUUUUGGACGGGAAAUUAUAGAGUCAAGACCGUGUGGUGACGCACCUUGUGGAACAAACACUGUCAGUUGCGACACAGUCGGCACUGUUACAGAUUCUUUGAAUAUACCACUAGAGGGAGUCGAAAUAUGUCUUGGAUCAAUCAAAGUACAAAAAUGUAUUACAAUCACACACACAAAUGAGGAAGGAUUUUUCAGUGUGGAAGGAAUAUGCGCUGAUUCCGAGUACGCUCAUCUACUGGCACGAAAAAAUAAAUAUGUCACAACAAGAAUUCGUCUCAAGGUCAACGAAACCGGUAGAGCAUUCGCAACUGUAAAACUCCUGGAAUUAGUGAAACCGACCAUAUAUUACCACCCUGAAAGCAAAUCAAGAAUGAUUGGACAAAGUGUGAAAUUUUGCUGUAAAGCCAGAGGAUCAACAAAAGAUCAUUUGUUUACAUGGUAUCACAAUGGGAACGUGGUCGACGCGAACCUGUACUCACGUGAUCCUGGAACUCUAGAAAUCCGUACAUUACGAUUGGAUGACGCUGGUGAAUAUUGGUGUAAAGUCAGCUCUAAGACAUCGUUUGCAAAGACAACCAGCUUGUCGCAGACAGCUGUGUUGUCUGUAUUUGAAUCGGAACAAAAUGCCUGCGACGAGAAGCCGGGAGUCAAACUCAUACGAUUGCCCAAUGAUUGCUCUAUGGCGUCUUCACGUGUCGUACAAAGAAACAACAAAACAUAUUUCGAUGUUGGAAUGUGUUCGUCAGUCGAGUGUCCAGCUAAAUAUGCUGAUAUUUCAGAAGGAUGCGGUGAAACUAUGGCAGAUAUUACCUGUUGUGGUCCGUCUGAACGCAAAGAAAUCAAUUUAAAUUGUAGAGAUUUCGUCCUACCAAUUUACAAAACAACCAAGUGCGGAUGUCAGGAAUGUGUCAAACCGGUUAUAAAAGUCAGAGGAAGAGCUUACGGAAAUGAUCCAAUUACCGAUCCACUAAGAUAUGGUUACGUUGAACGGUCAGGGAAAAGGAUCGGUAGAACGUCUUAUGACGGAGGCUUUACAGUGAAUGUGCCACAUGGCAGUAAACGACUCGUUUUGACAUUUAUAGACAGAUUUGGAAAGCUUAUGACAACGACAAAGGUUGUAUCGUUCAAAGAAGAUGGCGGCGUCACGUUUCACGAUAUUAAAAUGCCUCAAAAAUCUCCAGAGAAAAGUUUUGGUUCUCAAGAGAGAUCGGUGACUUCACUGAACGGGGUUAGAGGUCAGAACUCGGUCGCUCAAAUCGUCACAGCUCCAAACGGCUUUGUCAGAAAAGACGGGAAGCCAUAUACAGGAAAGGUCAGGGCAAGUGUAACGUUCAUCGAUCCACGGAACGAAACUUCGUACCAAGAAUCUCCAACAGAUUUAGCUUUUAUUGAUGAUAACGGAGAAUCACUUCCUUUACAAACUUAUGGAAUGUUUGAGAUGGAUUUUCGUGAUGAAGAUCUCAAUGAAUUGAAUGUUGCAAAUGCAAAAAUCGUGUUGGAUCAAAACCAGAUGGUAUCGACAUCACAUGCGAGAAAACUAAAAUUAUGGUCACUCAAUCUUGAGAAUGGUAUGUGGGAAGAAGAGGAAAACUUCAAGGAGAUGGAGAUUGAAGACGAACAAGUUCAACCGGGUCCCAAAAGAAAGAAGCGCGAAGCACCGACGACAUUUUUUGUUGGAAAUUUAGAAGUUCGCGAAAGAAGGCUAUACAAUCUUGACGUUCCAGUUGAAAAUAGAUGUUGGUUAAAAGUGAGGGCCUAUAGAUCACCGGACUUCGAUCCAAAUGAACAAGUCGAAGGAGUUGACAUUGUUGCGAUAAAUAUGGAACCAAAAGGAGGAUUUAGAGGAAAUCCCUCAGCAUGGGGAAGGUUUGACUCGACAUUAACUUCAAAAUAUGGUGCUUGUGUUCGAGUAUUUUGUCAUGAAGAUAAACCUGACGUGUAUAAAGCCAUAGUAACAGCCACUCUAGAUUCGAGUGAAGAACUUUACGCUGCGCCAUCUGGCCAUCCUGUCAACCCAAAAGUUGUUGGCGUUCAAGGUGAUAUAUUAAGAGCUCUAGAUUACAGGCGCAGCGACCACAGCCUAGCAACGGGUAAAAAGACGUCUUUUCAAAUAAAUCUUCCAAAACCUCGGCCUGAAGUCAACUAUACUGGUCCAAUAUAUCCCGAAGAGAAUUACGCCGAAUGUGUCCGGGCACCGGUAACAGACAACCACUUCCGAUUUUACAGAACUGAAGAUUUUCUAUACGAAUACAACACAGUAUAUAUGGAUGAACACAACUGUAUUACAUGGACUCCACAUUAUUUAAACUGGUGGCCAAAACCAUUGGAAUAUAGAGCUUGUUAUAUAAAGGUCCACGUAUCUGGUUUAUCAACUGUGAUCAGAGCAAAAAGUAUGGGAGGAACUCAUCCAGAAACGAGAGGAAAAUUAUAUGGAAUAAGAGACGAUAGAUCUGUGCUGGCCCAGCGUCUAGAAGGACCAUUUAUCGGGGAUUCAGCUGCAUGCAUUGAGUUUAAGUGCAGUGGAAAGCUAUAUGAUAUGGAAGAACCAGAUCGCACUUUAGUGAGUGUUAUACCACAAGGUGAAUGUCAACUUCAUCGUAUGAACGGACAAUUAUCACAAUAUCUGACAGAACAUCCACCGGCAGUUGAGGGCGAAUCAGCAUCUGAAUUUCGUAUGUAUGCUCCACCAGAUCCACUCGGACACAAUUAUGGAAUUUAUACAGUCACUGAUGAUGAUCCUCUCAUCGCCAAGAAAACUGCGCUUGGUCGCUGUUACGCAGGCUCUUCAGAUACUACAUCAAGAAUAAUGCAUGCCAGAAAAGGUGUGGCAAUAUACUACUGGUGUACCGAUAGGAACGGGGAAAUAGAGCUUCCGUGAUUUCAGAAAUCAAAUGACGUUUUGCAAAUGGAAAGUGAAUCGUUGAGAUAAUGGUCAACAUCCUCAUCUAGUCAAUUUUAUGUUUUACUUGAAAUUUGUUAUCAACUUUCAUAUCAACUGUAUAUUUUUGUAAUACUGUAGUUUUUUAUUUCUCGUUUAAAUGUGCGUCAGGUUCUGGGAUGGAUUUGCAAAAACAAUCUCUUAUGGAGUCUUAUAAUGAAGGUUUGUACUAAACUGUCCUCAUUAUGUCGAAAUAGGCCAUAUUAAAUUCGCAAUCAAUAAUUCGAGAAGUGAUACAUGCACAUUGUACAGAAGCAACUGUUAUAUGGUGCAUUAAUUGCAUUUCUCUCUAAAUAUUGUAAUUAUAAUCAAACGAUCGAUAGAGUACUUCUAACUCAUGCAAACAUGCUGAAAGUCACAUUCAGUGGAUGUGUAUUGAGUCAUUUAUGCCUGGUUUAUGCAAUCGUGAAACAACAACCGAUUAAAAGAAGACUGUGUAUCAUGUCCUCUGUUUUAUUAUACUUUUUGACUUUUUUAUAUACUUUCACUUUUUAUAUCACGUAAAUCAGCAUAAUAAAUUUGUACAUAUUGCAUUUA